AGAAUAGUUGCUGACUGUGGGAGGAGAGUGUGAGUUGAUACUCCUGAAAUGUGUUCCCUUAUCUUUGCAGGCAUAGUCCUGCUUUGUACGCUUGUGUCCCAGGAGGUGGGGGCCGUACCUUUCCCCACAGGCUCUGCACAGACGGAAUGCCGGGGCCGCUACUUUUGGAUUUGGAUGGAUAAGGCCGCCUUGGGCCGGAGUUCGUGGACUUACAGUGUCUUCAAUGAACUUGGCCAGCGCAUUGCUAUGACAGAGCAUAUUGCUGCCCAGUGCGGCUUCACCAGUGGCGCUGACUUGUACGGCAACCCUGAGAUCAGAGUGUCAUUCCUGGCCUGUUCGGUCCGCAACUUGUUUGACCAGGAUUUCAGUCUCCACCUCCAGGUGGAGGUCACCAGCCCAGCAAACUUGACCGCUACUUACGAUAUCUCUAUGAACUGCUCCCUCGAUGCCUCUUGGAGUCCCCGUGAGAUUGUCUGUGAGGAAAACUACAUGGAGGUGUCUGUCCGACGUGCGGUCCCGGGAAUAGCGAGCGAGGCACUGAACGAAGACUGGAUGGCCGUGUGGCCGGUGGCGCAGGGGGCUAUGAAUCAGGUGUGGCAAGUCGUCUUCCAUUUCCAGAAUGGCUCCUUGCAGAGCAUGAUGGCCACCCAGGCCCAUGCCUUGGGCUACGGCGUCAACACCACAGCUACCCGUGUCGUCUUCCGUACACCCUAUAACACCCAGCAGACUGAAAUCACCAUGGUUCAGGGACUGGAAGUGGAGGUGGCACGAGCCACGAUCUUCUACAAACAGGCUUGGAUGAUCCUAAUGGUGGACACUGCUCUUGCCUGCCCCAUCAACGCCCCAGUUUUUACAGCUACAACCCUGAGCUGGGUGACCCCACGGAUCAUGACUUCCCUGGUGGGCUUCCCGGAUCAGUAUCGAGAUGAAGUCAUUGGGAUGGGCUUGGAUGGGCGCUUGAUCGAUGAAGCCGCUGUCCUGAGGAAUGGCUACACCUUCGUGAUGGAUGACAAUUUCUUCAGCAUCACAGUGCCCAUUGGGGCUGCUGGAGGGCUGACUGAGAGUGAUGUGCUUGACAACUACUAUGGCACAACAUACAGCAUAAAGCUCCUGCUGGACCGCAAGUGGCAAGGGGACGAGAGUGACCACACUCGCCACCGUAGCCUGAAGUCCAUCUGCACGCCCUUUGCUCCCCAAAUGCCGGUGCUCAUUGACAACACUAUCCCAGAAAGAGGCUACUUUGACAUCAGCCUGGGUAACUUCCUUCCUGAUGUGGAGCUGUCCACCAUUGCCAUUGCUGGCCAGCCCUUAACACCCGAGGAGCUCAAGAGACGUGGCUUCCGGCUGGAUGAAGUCCCCAAUCUCAACCACACCAGGAUCUUCAUUCUGCAGGUUCCUUUCACUGACCCUCUGGUGGAGCAGCAGUAUCUGUAUGACAACAUCAGGAGAUACACGUUGCAUCUCUACUACACUCUCAAUCUGAUCCCAAAGGACAAGCCAUUCACCCAUCUUGGAAUGAUUAAAUGUGACGUCCCUGAUGUUGUUCUUCCAGUCUUCGAGGGCUUCUGUGACGCAGGAAAGGUUGCUCUGGCCAUGACCCGAGGGAACCUGGACCGUUACUGGGUCUCCUAUGUGGGCACCUUGGAGCUAACCAAACAACUGGUCAUAUCGCAGAACUACACAGUACAAGAUGAUGGCAGCAACUUCUACCUCUCAGUACCUUUCUUGGCAGCUGGUUUGGUGUAUGAGGACAUUUCCCUCCAAGGACUGUCUGCUAGGCUGGACUUCAGCUUGAGGGAUAACAAGACCCACGCAACUUUGGUAGCCUUUCCAGUAACCUGUAUUUUCCCCACUGGAAAACUGCUUGUAUGCCUUCCCAAUGGAACCAUGACUGCUACAGUCGUCAGUCUAGACACCAAACCAGACUUGGACCCUAGGAGAACCCACCUACGGGACAGGAACUGUGGGCCGGUGGCAGCUGAUGAAACCAGGGCGCUUUUCUCUUUUCCAGUGGCCACCUGUGGCACCACAAGAAGGUUUGAAGGCAACUACUUGGUGUAUGAGAAUGAAGUAACCUUCAGGAGAUGGAUGAUCCCUGAAGCGAAUCCAGUUAUUACCAGGGACUCCCAGUAUAGGCUGACUCUACGCUGCCGUUACCCUCUUAAUGAGACACUCAGAAUCUGGGCUCGCCAACUGCCAGGGGAGUGGGCUACCCCUGUGCCCUACGGCCUUGCACCCAGAGCAUACCAGCAAAAGAGAUCUGCAAAUUAUCAGGUUCACUCCCAGGUAGCAGGCCGCGCUUCGGAAGGAGCAGCCGGGGUGAUAUGGUUCUGGUUUUCCGUCUUCAGCACGGUUCUGUCUGGGAUAGCUGCUGUGCUAGCCACAACCCUGCCUGUCAGAUUACCAGGCUGUUGA